AAAUCAUAUGUACGUAUACUUUCCCACCGCAAACAAAGAUCACUUCCUCACAAUACACACGGACAGGUCGGUAGUACUAGUACAUGAACCCUCCUUAGUCCUUACUCGCCUAAUCGAACGCGACGGUAUCACACAUGGCCUUCGCCGCCGCGCUCCUCCUCGCGCGAGGCGCCCCGCUCCUCCUCCUCCGCUGGAGCGCGCGCGCCCCCCGCGCUGGCGCCGGGGCCGCCGCGCUCGGGGCGGCGCGCCGUCACCUCUCGGCGCUCUCCACCGCCGACGACCUCCCUCCGCCAGCGCCGCCGCCGCACGUCGACGGCGGGGUCGGCGCUCCGCUCGGGGCCAAGGGCCCCGCUCCCCCCUCCCUCUCCAAGGCCUGGGCCGACGAGCCCGGGUUUCGCCGGUGGAAGGAUAAGGAAGCCGAGAUCCUUAGCGACAUCGGGCCCAUCAUCGCCCUCACCAAGAAUAUACUCCACUCCAACAGAUACAGGGAUGGUGAACAUCUAAGUGCAGAGGACCAGAAGGCUGUUGUAGAAAAGCUUCUCGCCUAUCAUCCACAUUCAGAGGAUAAGAUUGGUUGUGGCCUCAACUCCGUAAUGGUCGACAGACAUCCACAAUUCAGAUAUUCAAGGUGCCUCUUUGUUGUACGAAAUGACGGUGGCUGGAUCGAUUUCUCAUACCAGAAAUGUCUUCGAGCAUACAUCCGAGAGAAGUAUCCAUCUCACGCAGAGAGGUUUAUCCGAGAACAUUUCAAACGGAACUGAAGGUGAGGUGAAACCUGUCUUAGGGGUUCUUGUGAUGGCUAGCAUAGUAAUUUGCUGAUCUUUUAGCUCACCAUCUUCAAUCAUUCCCAGGCCGUUGAAAUUUAGAGUUUGGAUGUAUGAACUAGGCUCCAAGGAAGCACAAUUUUAUGAACUGGAUAGUGCAAAAAUUUAUCAGAUUAGUUAUCUGUUUUGCCUCUAAACUAUUUCUCUAUAUCAGAUUCACCGAAUGCGGAAUUAUUUGCUGUAUCCUGUGACUUUUGUUAAAACUCGGCGAAAAGCUUAUGCAAAUUUGGUUCUUCGUACUCUGUAUUACA